AUGCGCCCCCGGCACCUCCCAGACCCGCCCGUGGGUGCCCUGCAGCAGACCCACCCGCUCCCCCGGUCCACCCCCCAGAUCCACCCGCCUCCCGGGUACCCCCAAACCCAUUCACCUUCCCGGUCCCCCCCAGACCCAUCCGACCCCGGGUGGGAUUCCCCCAGACUCACCCGGCCCCUGGGUCCCCCGCAGACCCAUUCACUCCCCAUUCCCCCUGACCACCCACCUCCGGGUCCCCCCAGCCCCCCUUGGGUCCCCCCAGAUCCAUCCGCGACCCCGGGUACUCCCAGACCCAUCCGCGCCCCCACCGUCUCCCCAAGACCCACGCCCUGCCCCCCCAUCCCGCCCGCGGGCCCCCCCCAGACCCACCCGCGACCCCGGGACCCCCAGACCCAUCCGUCCCCCGGUCUCCCCAGACCCGCGCCCCUCUGCCAGCCGCCUCACCGCCCAGGGUUCCCGGCCGAGCAGUGGCACCCGGAGGCUGCUCGAUGGCAAACGCCGACGCGGCCAGAGACUCGCCACACCCACGUCGUCCGGGCAACAGCCAGAGCGACCAACCGCGGAGGAGUGGGCGGAAGGUCAGCCAAUCGGGGCCGCCCGUGGGGUGAGAGCUGGCCAAUCAGGGACAGGGACGGGGCGCGGCUCCCUUCAACCGCCCGGGCCCGGUCCCCAGGGCCGGCCCGGCUUAGGGCCGAGGCGUGGGCAGGAGGCUGGCAGGCGUGCCCGGCACCCGGGGUACGCCCUGCAUCCCGGGCACGCCCUGCACCUAGGAGCCUGGGCCUGGAGCGGGCGCCGGGAGCCGCCUGCUGA